AUGAAGGUCCUCGCCAUCGCCCUCGCCUCUCUGGCCACCGUCGCCGUCGCCACUCCCACGGGAAGCGGACAGCAGUGCAAGCCGGCCACCUACCGAUGCGAUCCCAACCCUCGUGUCCAGGCCUGGAACGUUUGCAACACCAGUGGCCAGUGGGUGUUUGCCGGCACCUGCCCGCCCAAGACUGUGUGCAAGUUCCUCCCUGCAAACGGCAGCCCCUACUGCGUCCCUCCCGGCUUCACCAUUCCGUAA